AUGACUCUGGAAGAUCAUGACCAAUUAUCUGUUAUUCAUGUUGCGGGAACAAAAGGGAAAGGUUCAACAUGUGCCUACACAGAAAGCAUUUUGAGGAACUGUGGUUAUAAAACUGGAUUCUUUAGCUCACCUCACCUGAUUAACGUCACAGAGAGAAUACGCAUCAAUGGAGCUCCAAUCUCUAAAGAUAAAUUUGCUGAAUAUUUCUGGCAUGUAUAUAGCCAGUUGGAAGCCACAAAGGGCAACUAUGAACAUCAUCAGAUGCCUGGCUACUUUCAAUUUCUGACAACAUUGGCCUUUUAUGUCUUUUUGAAAGAGAACGUUGAUGUCACAAUUCUUGAGGUAGGAAUUGGAGGUCAGUAUGAUUGCACAAAUAUUGUUCGCUUCCCUGUUGUCUGUGGAAUCACAUCUAUUGGCUACGAUCACCAAAACAUAUUAGGAUCAACAUUAGAUUCCAUUGCAUGGCAGAAAGCAGGAAUUUUCAAGCCUAGAACCCCAGCAGUAACACUACCUCAGUGCCCCAAAGUCAUGUCAGUUCUCUUGGAGCGAGCUCAAGAAAUUGGAUGCCCAUUGUAUAUGGUUCCUGAAUUCCAUGAUUAUGAUGAAAUCUCUGAAGAUUUUGAAUUAGUUUCCUUGGAACCAUUUCAACACCUGAAUAUAUCGCUGGCCCUUCAACUUUCCAAACUUUGGCUUUACAAUCACGAUAAAGGUGCUGAUCAUAAGAAAGGAUUUGAGGAUUGCCCCCUCCUACCUGAGUCUGAGUCUCCUCCAGUAAUUAGUAAAGAUAUUCCUCUCUUGAAAAAUAUGGUACAAGGCAUCAAAACCUGUGAAUGGCUUGGUAGAGUUCAGACUGUGAAAAGGCCUGGCCUAACUUACUACCUGGAUGGGGCACAUACUUUACAAAGCAUGAAGGUUUGUUGCCAAUGGUUUGAGAAAAAAUCAGCUGCUGAAAUAAAAAGUCUUUCGAACAAUGAAAAAGUCGUGAGGAUUCUGAUCUUUAAUUUGACUGGAUCAAGAAAACCGAAACCUCUUCUCUCAUUGCUGAAGAACUGUGCCUUUGAUAUUGCAAUAUUCAUCACAAACAUGUUGGACACAAAUCUUUCUGAGAUCAAAGAAUCCAACAAAUGCAAACAAUUUGAAGAAAUUUGGCAUGACAUUGAUUCCCAAAUUCUUACGGCUCCAGAAUCUCGCAAAAACUCUCAUCGACAUCAAAUAACAGAAAUAUUCCCAUCCCUUAAUGACGCCAUUUUGUGGUGUCAAAAAGGACAGUCAGAAAAUAUUGAACAACAGAAACCUUGGAAUUCUUUUCGCCCUGUGCCUACUUUUCUAAGGGAGGCAACUCAUGUCCAAGUUUUAGUUACAGGGAGCAUUCAUUUAGUUGGUGGGGUUUUAGCUUUAAUCAAUCAUAAUGAGAAGCAAUGA